AUGGGUAACCACCUGAGUGACAUGGCGCCCCCCGGCUCCUUCCUGCUUGGCUUCCAGUGCCUGCACGUGGUAGUGAUCGGGCUGGACUCUGCCGGCAAGACCUCUCUGCUCUAUCGGCUUAAGCUGAAGGAGUUUGUGGAAACCAUCCCCACUAAAGGCUUCAACGCAGAGAAAGUGAAGGUGCCGGUGGGCAGUUCGCGGGUCGUCACCUUCCACGUGUGGGACGUGGGCGGCCAGGAGAAGCUGCGACCUCUGUGGAAGUCCUACACGAGGCGCACCGACGGCCUGGUGUUUGUAGUGGAUGCUUCUGAAAUUGAGCGCAUGGAGGAGGCCAAGGUGGAGCUUCACAAAAUCAGCCGCAGCUCGGAGAACCAGGGCGUGCCUGUGCUGAUCCUAGCCAAUAAGCAGGACCUGGCUACGGCACUACCAGUGAGUCAGGUAGAGAAACUGUUGGGAGUGCAGGAACUGAGCGCCGGAACUCUACGCCACGUGCACAGCUGCAGUGCCGUGGAUGGCCACGGUGUGCAGCAAGGCCUGGAGAAACUCUAUGACAUGAUCAUCAGGAGGAAGAAGAUGGUCAAACACAGCCGGGGCAGGAGGAAAUGA